AUCUAACCCAAAAAACCUGUAUUAUGGAUGAUAUUGGUCACGAAAGCCUACGUGUUAAACUCACUGCACAAAAUACCACCAAAUUACAUUGCACAAAAUAUGGUUAAAUUCCAGCUUUGAGAAUUAAAAAAAUAUCAAUUUUGCUGUCUUUGGGUGAGCGUAACCCUCAGUGGUCAUCGGGAGCCACGUAGACAUCUGUUGAGUUCUGGCUUGGGCUUGGAUCAGGCGUGGGCAUUGUGUAAUUGCGAGGACCCCAUGGUUCACCCGUGGUGUGUUCAUCGUAUCCCCGCAGGCGUCUCUGACGUACGCAGAGGCUCAGCUAAUGAUGGACGACGCCGGGCGGAAGGACCCAGUCACCAGCAGCUUGCGUGGCCUCAACUCCCUGGCCAAGAUCCUCAAGCAGAGGCGCAUUCAAAACGGGGCAUUGACUCUGGCAUCCCCUGAGGUCCGAUUCCACAUGGACAGCGAAACCCAUGACCCGAUCGACCUGCAGACCAAGGAACUCAAGUGAGUCUCGUCAACAAGACACCUCCCAUGACUGCAAUCCGACUGUUGUGCAGAUCUCUCUAUCAGAAUCAAAAUAUAUAUUUCUACUGGAAGAAUCCGAUGAGCUAUAAAGCUCUUUUUUCACAGAUGUCCAGUUGGGGCAGGUCACAACGUUACAACAACAAACAAUACAAGCACACGUUAGGAUUGCAAAGUAUUGGAAAGGUAAACAAAUAACUUAAACAAAUAUACAAAUAAAACUAAACUAUUUUUAUCUUACCAAGUAAAACCCUGACCACAAAUGAUAGCUGAACAAAGUGGCUUAUCACGUGGGAAAUUUAUUAUCAGCAAAAUAAUCUAAGAUAAAGAAUCUUGACCCUUGUGGUUGAUGUGUUGUGGUGGCGGAAACUGGUGCAUGUACACAGGGAGACCAACUCGAUGGUGGAGGAGUUCAUGUUGCUCGCCAACGUCUCCGUGGCGGAGCGCAUCGUAGACGAAUUCCUCGAGUGUGCGUUGCUCCGACGCCACCCGGCGCCUCCGCCUUCCAACUACGACAUCUUGGUGAAGGCGGCGAAAUCAAAGAACAUCGAGAUCCAGGUGGACUCGGCUAAGGCGUUGGCCGAGUCCCUGGACCGGGCGGCGGUGCCGGGAGCGCCAUCAUACCUCAACACUCUGCUGCGCAUCCUGGCCACGCGCUGCAUGAUGCAGGCCAUCUACUUCUGCUCCGGCAUGGAGCCCGACACCCACCACUACGGGCUCGCCACCGCCAGCUACACCCACUUCACAUCGCCCAUUCGACGGUGACAUGCUCUGGCGUCA